CUAUUGUUUCUUCUCUUUUAAGUUACUUUCCGCAAAAGAAAGAAACAUGAAGUUUAUGAAGCUUGGCUGGAAGCCUGAUGCCUUCCAAGUAGAUGGCAAUUGCAUCAGGCAUGUCACAUCUGAUUUGGAAACCGAUGUCACCGUUAAGGUCGGUGAGCUGAAAUUUUACCUUCACAAGUUUCCUUUAUUGUCCAAGAGCAACCGCAUGCAAAAACUAGUGCUGAAAGCCAGUGAAGAGAACUGCGACGAAAUUAGUAUGGUUGAUUUUCCUGGUGGGGCUAGCGCAUUUGAAAUUUGUGCAAAAUUCUGUUAUGGGGUGACUGUUACAUUAAAUGCUUACAAUGUUGUGGCUGCUCGUUGUGCUGCCGAAUACCUAGAGAUGACCGAGGAUGUUGAUCGAGGUAAUCUAAUUUUCAAAAUUGAAGUCUUUCUCAACUCUAGCAUAUUCCAUAGUUGGAAAGAUUCAAUUAUUGUUCUAAAAACCACCAAGUCUCUUCUACCGUGGUCUGAAAACCUGAAGAUAGUUGGACGAUGUGUUGAUUCCAUUGCAUCUAAAACCUUUGUGAAUCCGGCGAACAUCACAUGGUCCUACACAUAUAACCGGAAGUUAUCAGUGCAGGACAAAACAGUCAAUGAUAAUAUGAAACUCCGGGAGAAGAUUGAAUCUGUCCCGAAGGAUUGGUGGGUUGAAGAUAUAUGCGAAUUAGAGAUUGAUCUCUACAAGCGAGUCAUGACUGCUGUGAAAUCAAAGGGAAGAAUGGAUGGUGCAGUCAUUGGUGAGGCGUUGAAAACUUAUGCUGUCAGAUGGUUGCCGGAUUCUGUCGAUGCCUUGGUUUCCGAUGUACAUUCCCGGAGGAACAAGUUACUAGUGGAAACAAUUGCCUUCUUAUUGCCUUCGGAUAAUGGUGUGGGUUGUUCGUGUCAUUUCUUGCUGAAGCUGUUGAAAGUUGCUGUCUUGGCAGGGAUGGAUGAUUCGGCAAAGGAUGAUUUAGUGAAAAGGAUAAGUUUAAAGUUGCAUGAAGCUUCUGUCAAGGAUUUAUUAAUCCCGGCACGGUUGCCCCAAACUACGUCAUAUGAUGUUGGAAUGGUCCAGUCUAUUGUGAACCAGUAUAUGAUACAUGAGAAACAUAGUCGAGAUGUAGAGCUUGGAAAGAAUGAGAUGGGACAUACCGGUUAUGUGCUAGGGCAUGGAUCCUUGAUAUACGUUGGUAAACUGAUCGAUGGUUAUCUUCAAGAAAUCGCAUACGACCCAAACCUUUCUGUAGCCAGUUUCAUCGACUUGUCUCGGUCUAUCUCUGAGUUAGCUAGACCAGUUCAUGAUGGACUCUAUAAAGCCAUUGACAUCUACCUGAAGGGGCAUCCGGACUUGACCAAGGCUGAAAGAAAGAAAAUGUGUGGGCUGAUGGAUGUCAAGAAGCUCACAAUGGAUGCGUCUAUGCAUGCUGCACAGAACGAGAGACUUCCUCUACGGGUUGUAGUUCAAGUUCUCUUCUUCGAGCAAGUUCGGUCUGCACCUGGAGCUCAGUCACGUGACUCCGAGCAUCAUAGUACAUCCGUUUCCAAGAUCACGGCCGAAGAUUGUCUCUCCCUCAAGGAAGAAAUGAGUCGAGUAAAGAUAAACAAUGGAGUCCCGAAAAAAGGUAAGUUGGUCGAGAGGAACAGCAAAAGCAGUAAAAGUGUCAUGCAGCUACUGCCAUCUCGUUCUCGAAGAAUAUUCAACAAGCUGUGGGUAGUAGGGAAGGGACAUGCAGAGAAUAGAAGUUCCGGAACAUCCGGAAGUUCGCAAAGCCUGAAUUCAGUGGUGAUUCGAGGCGACAUGAAGUCGAUGGUUUAUUCUUCAAGACAGAGGAGAUAUUCUAUUUCCUAGACAAGGAUGGCAAGA